AUGAGUACGACCGAGAGCAUCCUCGGCUGGGUCCAGACGGCGACGUAUGCUGGCGGCGCGGCCGUCGCCGGCCUCAUGAUGCUGCUCUAUGUCUACCAAGAGAAGCUGCUGUACCACCCGAGCGUGCCCGGCGUGCCCAAGCUGACGACCGAGAACCCCAAGGGCUACCAGCACCCGGCCGAGUAUGGCAUUGACGCCGAAGAUGUCUACAUCCCAACGAAAGAUGGCAUCACGAUCCAUGCGUGGCUGCUCAAGCAGCCAACGAUGGCUACGGUGCCCACGAUCCUCUUCUACCACGGCAACGCUGGCAACAUUGGCUUUCGCCUCCCGAACGCUGUGCAGAUGUACAAGCAGCUCGGGUGCAACAUCCUGCUCGUCGACUACCGCGGGUUCGGCUUGAGCCUCGGCGACCCAACCGAGCGAGGACUCCAGCUCGACGCCGAGGCCACGCUCGACUAUGUGUUGCAGCGUAAGGACAUUGACCCGACCAAGCUCAUCGUCUUUGGCCGGUCCCUUGGCGGCGCCGUCGCCAUCUAUCUCGCCGAGCAUCGUGGCGAGCAGAUUGCUGCGGUCAUGGUCGAGAAUACGUUUCUGAGUAUCUCGGCGAUGGUCGACUCGCUCCUGCCGUGGCUCACGUACGUCAAGCGGUUCUUGCUCGCGAUCGACUGGAGCAACGAGCGCCGCAUCCAGAGCCUGCCGCACCCGAUCCUCUUUCUCGCAGGAGAGCACGACGAGCUCGUACCGCCUUUCCACAUGCAGCGGCUUCACGACCUCGCGCGCCGCAGCCGACUGCGCAAGUGGCACCUCAUCGCCCGUGGGACGCACAACGACUCGUGGGUCAAGGGCGGCAGCCUCUACUUUGAGACCAUGCGCGACUUCAUCAUGACGGUGACCAUGACGACGACGACAUGCGACGCCAGCGUGGACGUGGAUGGCCCCACGCAUGCGAUCCCCAACAUGCUCGACACGCCGCUCUUCCAGCGCACGUCAACCAAGCUUAAAGACGAGUAGUUUCAAACUAUCAAGUGUCAAGGCCAAUGGAUUUGCGCCAUGUUUACGUCAGUGCGGAAAGAAAGACGUGAUGCGAUCUUGGCGCGACCGCUUCGUCGGGUGUGGCUU